ACAAAGAAGAGAUGACCGGGUGUGAACAUGGCGUCUCCCUUAGACGAUGAUGAGCUCGCCAGUGAUGAUUAUUAUUCCCUGCUAAAUGUCAGAAGAGAGGCUACGCAGGAGGAACUGAAGGCGGCAUACAGACGAUUAUGCAUGCUCUAUCACCCAGACAAACACCGGGAUCCUGAACUAAAGAGACAAGCAGAGCACCUUUUUAACCUUGUACACGAAGCUUAUGAAGUGCUCAGUGACCCUCAGGCACGUGCCAUCUAUGAUAUCUAUGGCAAGCGAGGACUUGAUGUUGAAGGAUGGGAGGUGGUGGAAAGGAAAAGAACCCCUGCAGAGAUUCGAGAAGAGUAUGAGCGUCUUCAGAAAGAGCGAGAGGAGAGAAGACUUCAGCAAAGGACCAACCCAAAGGGAACGAUUAGUGUGGGUAUUGACGCCACAGACCUUUUUGACCGGUAUGAAGAGGACUUUGAAGAUAUGGUUGGAGGUGGAGUCCCACAUGUGGAAAUCAACAAAAUGCACAUAUCACAAUCUAUAGAGGCUCCUCUCACUACAAAAGACACAGCCAUUCUGUCUGGGUCCUUGUCAACACACAAUGGAAACGGAGGCGGCUCUAUUAACCUGGCUUUGAGAAGAGUCACAUCAGCUAAGGGGUGGGGAGAGGUAGAGUUGGGAGCCGGAGACACUCACGGACCUUUCCUCGGAAUGAAGAUAUUCCGCAACUUGACGCCUCGAUUCUUUGUGACUGCUCAGUGCGGGCUCCAGUUUUCAUCUCGAGGCGUGCGUCCUGGGUUCACCACGGUGCUGGCCCGUCACCUAGACAAGAACACUAUGGGGUACCUGCAGUGGCGCUGGGGGAUCCAGUCUUCUAUGAACACCAGCAUAGUGAGGGACACUAAGAGCAGCCACUUCACCUUCGCAAUGCAGCUUGGCAUUCCUCACACUUUUAUGAUGAUGAGCUACCAGUACAAGUUUCAGGAUGAAGACCAGACGAAGAUUAAGGGCUCAGUAAAAUCAGGGUUUUUUGGGACUGUGGUAGAAUACGGUGCCGAAAGGAAGAUCAGUCGACACAGUGUCCUGGGGGCCACAGUCAGCGUGGGAGUGCCCCAAGGUGUCUCCCUCAAGAUUAAACUUAACAGAGCCAGCCAGACGUAUUUCUUCCCUAUUCACCUGACUGACCAACUCCUGCCUAGUGCUGUAUUUUACGCCACAGUGGGACCACUGGUGUUCUACCUCGCCAUGCAGCAGCUUAUUAUUCGGCCAUAUGUGCGGGCCCAGAAGGAACAAGAGUUGGAGAAGCAAAGGGAGAGCUCGGCCUCUGAUAUAGCCAAAAAGAAACAGGAGGCAGAAGCUGCUGUCUUGCUCAUGCAGGAGUCAGUGCGCAGGAUUAUUGAAGCUGAGGAGUCUCGGAUGGGUCUCAUUAUCCUCAACGCUUGGUACGGCAAGUUCGUCACAGACAACAGCAGAAAACACGAGAGGGCAAAAGUCAUUGAUGUGACCGUGCCACUGCAGUGUCUGGUGAAAGACUCAAAACUCAUCCUCACUGAGGCUACCAAGUCAGGACUCCCUGGCUUCUACGACCCCUGUGUGGGGGAGGAGAAGAGCCUGAAGGUGCUCUAUCAAUUCCGCGGGGUCAUGCAUCAAGUCCUGUCAGGAGAUACAGAGUCACUCAGGAUACCAAAGCAAUGUAAGUCCUUUGGACAGUAUGCUUAUGCACUCACUGGCCACUUUUUUAGGUACACCUCUUCAGUCAUUUUUAAAUGCAAAAUAUCUUAACAGUCAGUCACAUAUCAGGAAUUCGACUCAUUCGGACAUGUAGACGAUAACCUGCUGAGGAGAAUCGGAGGGAGAAAGGUGGCAUAUUUAUUUGUGCCAAAUUGACUGAACUGAGUGUUUCCGAAACUGCUGAUCCACUGGGAUUUUCCCACACAGCCAUCUCUAGGGUUUAAAAAAAGAUAAGUGAGAGUGAGUUCUCUAGGUGAAAAUGGCAUGUUGACGUGAAUAGUCAGGCUGAUUCAAGCUAAUAGGAAGGCAGUGGCAACUCAAAUUGAGCACUGCUUACAAGCAAGGUAUGGAGAAGAGCAUCUCUGAAUGCACAGCUCUUUGAAACUUGAAGCAGCAGCAAAAGACCACACUGGGUGUCACUCCUGUCCACUAAGAACAGGGAACUGAGGCUGCAAUUCACACCAGCCCAAAAUUGGACAAAGGAAGACUGGAAAAACUUGCCUGGUCUAAAGAGUUUUAGGAUGUUUUCAAACCUAUAGUUUGUUUACUCUGGUCCGAAUCUGUUGCUGAGUUUAUAAACUUGUAGGUAUUGCCCAUGAUUUGGAUUUUCACCACAGCCUACCUGAGUAUUGUUGGUGACCAUGGCCAUUCCUUUAUGACCACAUUAUACCAGUCUUCUAAUGGCUGCUUCCAGCAGGAUAGUGUGUCAUGUCACAGAUCUCACAUUGCCUCAAACCAGUUUCUUGAACAUGAAAAUGAGGUUCCUAUACUCUGCAGCCUCAAUAGUCAUUAGAUUUCAAUUCAUUAGAGCAUCUUUGAGAUGUUGUCGAACACCAAAUGCGCAUCAUGAAUGAAUGCGAAGCCAGCAAAUAUUUAACAGCAUCUUUAAAUGUAAUGCCAUCAGUAUGCACCAAAAUCUUUGAGCAGCGUUUCCAGAACUUUAUUGAAUCUAUGCAACAAAGAAUCGCAGCAGCUCAGAAGGCAAAAUAGGGUCCAGCCCAGUACUGGCAAGAUGUACCAAACGAAGUGGCCGGAAGUGAGUACAGUACCAGCAUUUCCACAAUUUCUAUAGAGUUAACAUACUUGCAGAUUCAUACUUUUGUUUUCUGUCUGUCUUACCCGUCCUAGUUUUAGAUGUUUUAGACUGCAAGGUAAAUUUACGGUAAAUCUGAAAGUCUUUUGAUAUGUUAAACAUGAGAUUUUUAUUUGUUUGUUUAUUUGUUUUUUAUUUAUUUGAAAAUGUCUGUUAAGAUAUACCGUGCUAGGCUAUCUGCCAUCUCGGCGUGCCCGAUCUGACUUUGUGGACGUUAUUUCUACUUUACAGCUCACAGGAUUGAUGCAGACACAUAGGAGCACUCUCCCGCUGACCAAAAAGACUCACCUCUUGACUGUUUAACAGAAGAUGGAUAAAACUCUGUUUUAGAUACGACAUGGAUUCAAGUCUCUGUUACGCAGAAAUUGUGAAUUUACUUUUUUGUGUUUAUAUUCAUUUAAAUAUGCAGAGAGGAAUAAAAUCAUCACAGACUGGAUUAAUCUGUGUCUAUGGACUGGGUCGCGGCCUGCUUAAAAUUCUGAUGUGACACCAAAAUCAAUGGCUACCAUCUUAAUUCCCGGGUGUCCCCGGCUCUGUGGUAUCCAUUUAUUUUUGGUAUUGCUUGUAAUUUAUAACAGAGUUCUGUGUACUGUAUUGUACAAAAACUGCAGUGCCUGUGUGACUGGAGACAUGAAUGCACCUCUGUUUAAUUGCCAUAUGAUUAAAAUCUAUCUCUCUCA